UACACACACACACCACCAGUAGAGAGAGGUAACUGUUAAGUGGCUCUUACCUGAGUCGGGAACUCUCCAGUCGACCGGGCUGCUCCGUCCGAGACGGAACCUCCCCCAACCCCGUCGUACCCUAUUUUAAAAAAUUUGUCAAAUUCAAAAUCUCCCGAAAAAGUUUUGUUUUAGUUUUCCGAAAAUUCACGCAAUUUUUUUUCCCGACCCAGGUGCAUGUUUCCCCCCAUAGUUUUUGAUCAACCCAAAAGUGUUGCGUUCCCGAUUCAUUUUUGAUUUCGGCCCCCCUUGCCUCUCUAUCAUAUUAUAUACCACCUACACCGCAAAAAUAUUCCGCCGGUAGUUUGUGUCGUUGGACUGCCAUUUUAUUUUUUUUCAUUUCGAAUUUUUUUCAAAAAGUUGUUUUUCACUCAGUGCCGUGCCAGUCCCCACACAAAGACUGUAAAUCGCAAUCUAUUUCGUCUGGGGUUUUUUUAUUUUAUUUUAUUCUUCUUCUUCUUCUACUUCAUUGGGGUCGUAAUCGGAGGGAGGAAGAAGGAAAAAAACAAAUCCGGAGGCUAUACGACGACGUCGACGACGCCGGCGACCAUCAACCCCCCCAUCAAAUUGUUGUUUUUCGUUGUUUUUGUUUCUUCUGCUGCCAGUUUGUUGUGACUGUUGUAUCAAAAGGAGAAAUUUGAAGAUAGAGACCAGCAGCAGCAGUACACAACAAAUAGAAAAAGACUAAAUAAUAAUCAUCAUAAUAACGACCAGAAGAAAAGAAGAAGAAGAAGAACAACAAGCGAAAAAAUAAAAAGGGGGGAAGAAGAGAUUCAGCUACGGGAGUUCGUUUCUAUUACCGAUGCAGGAUAUCAUUCAAAUGUGCAGCAGCUUCGAUGCCAGCAAGUCGACCAAGGGGGCCAGCAAGCUGCGCCGUGACCUGAUCAACACAGAGAUAGGUCACCUGCGAGACCUGCUCCCCUUGCCGGCCUCAACACGACAGCGCCUGUCCCAGCUGCAGCUCAUGGCCCUGGUGUGUGUCUACGUCAGGAAGGCCAACUACUUCCAGCAAGUUUUCAAACGACACGACCUCGGCCAGAUGCCCACGCCCAGCAUCGGCUUCUCCAAGGCCAUGAACGGAUUCCUGAUGAUGAUGACGCAAAACGGCAAGCUCCUCUACAUCUCCGACAACGCCGCCGAAUACCUGGGACAUUCAAUGGAGGACUUGCUGAUUCACGGCGACAGCGUGUACGAUAUUAUCGACAAGCAAGACCAUCAGAAUGUCCAAAACGAGCUGGGACGACCGCCGGGCAGCGGCGGCGGCAACAGCGCCAACAUCGGCGGCGGCCCUCACGCCGUUGUCGCUCCCGCCGACGACGCCCGCAUCUUCCUCUGUCGCAUGAAUGUUUCGCGCAACGCUCGCAGGCAAAUGCGAUUCGGCGACCAAAAGGUGAUACUCGUCGAGGGCCACUUUGUGUCUUACCUGCCGCUGUGCACGCGGAACGAGCCCGUCUUGAUCGCCACUUGCACUCCGGUCGCCAUGCCCGAGACCCGCGAGUGCGUCGUCCAGGGAGCCACCAACAUCUUCACUUCUGUUCAUAACAUGGACAUGAAAUUCGCUUCCAUCGACGCCAGUGGCGAGUUCUACCUGGGCUAUUCACGACAGGAGUUGCUGGACGUGUCGUGGUACCAGCUCCUGCACUGGGACUUUAUGAGGGAAGCCCAAUCCAAGCACAGAUUAAUCACUCAGUCGGAGCAAGAUAGGUCCUGCAUUCUACUUGUACGACUCCAGCGACGCAAUGGCACUUGGCUCUGGAUCCACUGCGUCCUGCAGGUGAAGGACGCAACUGAAGCUGGACAGCAACCCGUCAUUAUCUGUACCAAUCAGGUUCUAAGUGAGAGAGAAGCCCAGGUGAUGCGAGCCAACAGCUGGCUCUAUCACUUCUAUCUAGUGCAGACCAAACUCCAGUACGGCAUGAAUUACGAGGGCCAGCAACCGGCGCAGCAACAAGCCAGCACUUCGCGCUCGUCGGCAUCUGCAUCUUCGCCCGGCGGCGGUUAUGGAUAUUCGCAUCUGAUGAACAACACCAGUCCCGUGCCGUCGUCCUCUUGCAGCGCGUCCGGCGACACAUCCAACACCCCGCAACCGGUCCAUUUCCAGCAACAGCCGCAACAACAUCUCGUUCCGCCACCUCUGAACUCUCCUCUCUAUGCCCCUCCGCCACCUCCUCACCAUCACCAUCCGCACAAUCAUUUAUACUCCUCGCCGGUGAUGGAUACGUACCAGCAUUUUUCACUGCAUCCGCAACAACAACAACAACAACAGCAUCAUCAUCAGCAGCAACAGCAUCAGAUCCAUCCGCAAGGGGCUCAAAGUGGAUCUUCCACCACUGGGUCCGGCAAUGUGGUGUCCAGUAAUCCUCAUUUUUCCUUUGCCCCGUCGCCGAGUUCGGGGCAUCAUCAUUCGUACUCGGGAGUCGGCGGGCCUUUCUCUCUGGGUCCUCAGGAGACCAGUCCUUAUCAUUCUGGUCAUCAGCAAAUGCAACAGAAUAUCAAGACGGAAGUAUACCAUUCCGAUCUGGGCGACCGGGCGGAAUUGGGCGGAUAUCAUAUCAAAAUAGAGGCUAAACCAGACGAGUUCCAACACACUUCCGGAAUGGAUUCUUCCGGCAUGGGGCCUGGAGUGUAUGGGGCCAGCGCAGUGAAAGAGGAACCUGCAGUUACUGAAUCGCCAGAGGACCCCAUGAGCCCAGCGUCUUCGCCGCCACGCAAACGGUACAGACUGAUGGCCGCAACCUUGCCCAGCUCUACUCCUCCUUCCGCUUUCCCUCCUAACGGAAGCGGAAUUGGGGGAGAGAAUCAACAAUUGCACCAACAAGCGCACCAGCAACAGCACCAACACCAGCCGAAUGAUUGGCAUAGGAACCACCGGAGCGAUCAUCAUCCGCACUCCGGCUACGGUCAAUCCGUGUGGCCUAAUGCCGGAUGGAUCAAUACGAGCUAUCCAGUCGGAUUGGCGCAGCUGGAAGAGACCGGCUACGAUAGCCCUGACAUGGCUUACGACCGGGACAGCUCCUUUUCGCCCUUGAUCGGAAUUUCCAUCGGUAGAGCCUCUUCUCCGUCGUCCUCUUCAUCCCCGUCCAAUCACGCCCUGCAUCAGCGGAGGCUUUUGCUCCGCCGGAAGCAACACCAGCCAACGUCUGCGAUGGAUUCAAGAGAUUCUUUGCCCAACGGACGCUACCAUUCUGCCGAGAGUGUCCAACGCGUGCCGGAUGUGUGCAUCACGAUGCCGCCGGAAUUGUCUCCUCUGGGUUACGUCCUGACUCCUGCGCCAACUCCACCGGACGCUGAAGACGCUCCCUCCGUUUGUUACCCUCAAAACAUUGUGGAAAUCGAACUGCGGGUGCCUGCCUCACUGUCGUCGGAGCCGGACGGCGCCAUCAGCAGCCUGAGUUUCAUCAACGCCACCGCUCUAAGUGGCCCGCAUGAGUUGGCCGAGAACCAGCAGGCGAUCACGCUUCUUACGGCCAAUCGCCACUAUCUUUACCACGCAGCUGCCAAUACGGCGUCUGUUGCCUCCGCAGCCUCCGCCGCGCCUCCUUUGGAAACGGCAUGUGAUCCAACUCAUCCUACACCAGCCGUCGACUACCAUACGCCGACCACGCCUACUAGUAUGGAUUAUCCUAAGCCUUAAUUUUUGCGGGCGGUGACUCGAUCCGCCUCACAUUCCAGCGCCGAGAACGCUCGUGUCGUCGAGAUUGUGGUCGAGACGCCUCCUUAAACUAUACUGUGUCUUGUGUGUAUGGCAUAUUGCCAACUGAAUGGCAUAACUUUUUUUAGUAGGAGUUUCAUUUUCAUUUCAUUAUUGACAAGAGAAAUUUCAACGACCAAAACUUUUAAUCGGCAGAGAAAAUGAACGGACAUCCUUCCUGCUUAAAAAAAAUUAUGUGUUAUCCAAAAUUUGUUUUUAGCUGAUUCAAUCUCUAAUAAUAUAGUGGUAUACGAUCCGACAAGUGGACUUAUAUAUACUUGGUUCCAAACCAAGUACUGCAAUUGCAAUUAUUUUUAAAUUUCCUUUCAGAUGUUUUUUAUUUUUUAUUAUUUGUCUUUGCCUUUCCAAAAAGCGCUCCUUUACAUUAUUUCCUCCUUCAUGAACAUGAAUGUUAACCUUGAUUGCCCGCCAGUUAAAAGAUCCUGAAACGAUACUCGCUGCUUUUUGCACGUCUUGCGCAAUCAUUGACAUUCCCUUAUCUUUUCCCGUUACAAAACAAAAAAUUUAAUGAUAAAUGACAAAAUGUUUUUAUAUUCCAUUUAACGACCCCCGGUGAUGGUAUUUGUUGCCAAUCUUGCUUUAUAAUGAAAACCAAAUGGGAUUUCUAAUUAAUCGGCCAUUUUGAUUAUAUAUAUAUUUUUGUGCGUGUCGUCUAAAUCUAUUUCCAUCGCUGUUA